AGAGGAGGGGGAGGAAGGCGGCGGCAUCACUUCGACGGGGCACCCGAAAGUUUCUGAGGGGGUUUGUGUCAGCGGAGCAGCGCCGUGAGCUUUUCCUGCCCUAACGGUUCUAUGAUCUGCUCCUGUUUCAGCCCUCGGCUGCCCCCAGGAGGAGGAAGAGGAGGAGGAGGAGGAGGGGACGAAGGCUCGAGCAGCCUCAGCCGACGGAAGGCGAAAGAAUGCUGUACAACUGCCUCGAAGAGGAGAAUCGGACCAGUUCCAGGAAAGAGACAAAUGAAGGUGAUUUGAAGGCAUUUUGGACCCAAAUGGGAAAUAAAAGAGUAGACGUCAUAUUUGAGCAGGUGCAAGAAGUCCUGCUGCUGCUAAAGGAAAAGAUCAAGAAUGGAACUGCCACAAACCAAGAAUGCUGGCAGGCUUGGGCACUGGUGAACGAAGCUAAUCUAGGGGAUCUUUUAACUCCGACAAAUGCAAGCGAAGCGGUCGAUGGAAAUGGUGCACAGGAAAUCAAACCUAAAUUGCGUCAGCUUCUUAGAGAUGCCAGCACUGCAAACUCUGCAGAAGGUUCUCAAAGCAAAAAGGAGAAAGAAAAAUUGGAUUCAGGGAGCAAAGAAGCAUCUAGUGAAAUUCAACGUGUACCUUUAAGCCCCCAGUAUCAGAACCACAAGUGCUCUAGUGCGUGUCUCACCAACAGAGCAGUAAGCUCCUACAAGGGUGAAAAUCCUCUUCAGAUCCCAAUCCUGUUUCACUUCCAAAGACGCCAUGCAAAAGCAGACUGCCUUUCGAAGUCACUGGAUGUGAAUUAUAAAGCUCCUUGUGGCAGGAGUCUGAGAAGCUUUCAAGAUGUGCAAAAUUAUCUGUUUGAAACAGAAUGCAAUUUCUUAUUUAUUGAUCACUUCUCUUUCAACACGUAUGUACUGCUGGGCAGGAACACUGUAAAUCCCAAACCCCUUGUGUAUGACUUUGAUAUCAGCAAUGGAGCCGAGUCUGUGCCCGUCUCCUUCUGUAAUGAUAUUGACCGCGCGAGAUUACCUUAUUUUAAAUAUCGGAGGGCAUCGUGGCCCCGUGGGUAUUAUCUCAACAAUCUAUCCACCAUGUUUCUUGAUUCGUGUGACUGCACAGAUGGCUGCAUUGAUAGGUCAAAAUGUGCAUGCCUACAGCUAACUGCAAGAGGCUGUCAUAAAUUUUCUCUGUCUCCAAAUACUAAAACUUCUCGUGGAUACAGUUAUAAAAGACUGGAAGGGCCUGUUCCUAGUGGAAUUUAUGAGUGUAGUGUGUCAUGCAGGUGUGACAAGAUGAUGUGUCAGAACAGAGUUGUACAGCAUGGCAUUCAAGUUCGCCUGCAGGUGUUCAACACAGAGAAGAAGGGUUGGGGCGUCCGCUGCCUGGAUGAUAUCGACAAGGGGACAUUUGUUUGUACUUACUCAGGCAGAUUAAUGAGCAAAGCUGAAGCUCGAGUAUUGGGAGGUGCCAGUCAAGACAAGAAAGAGGAGAGUGCUGUGAAUGACAGCGGGCACAGCUUUUUUUCCAAAAAAAUGAAACUUGACACUAGUUGCUCAGAUUCUGAGAUUGAACUAGUGCAGGCUGGCAAAGAUCAUGUUCUUGAGAAGCAGGAGUCUUUGUCUCAGACUGUGGAUAAUCAAAAUGAAUCAUCUGAAGUUCACCCAAGGAGUUUGAGUGUUGCAGCCGUGAGAAGGCCUGGAACUAGAAUAGCUGUUGCUCAUAAUCAGCGGCUACAAAUGGAAGUUGAUACACUGGUGCACAGUGCCAGCUCAGAUGAAGAUAAUAGUUCUCAGCGUCAUCAGUCAAGCAAAACAAAACUAACCAGUGGAGCAAAGAAAGGAGAAAGAUCCAUUCAGCAGCAGAAGGAAGACCAUCCAAUGAAAGCUGGACAGACUGAGCCUGCUGACACGAACAGUGCAGAACGCAAAAGAAAGAGUCUGUCUCUGCAGGGUGUUGCUUGCAGCAAGUUGGAUGUGCUGAAAGACACGUGUGUUAUGAGGCCAUCCAAAAAUGUUUCCCAAAAAGCUAACCACAAAGAGGAGAAUCACUGGCAGUCAAAACAAGGCACGUUUUGCAGGGAGGCUGACAGUGACAGGUCGCUUCUGAGUGCUAACGAAGAAAAUACUUAUAUACUGGAUGCCACGAAAGAAGGGAAUGUGGGUCGUUUUCUAAACCACAGCUGCUGCCCAAAUCUGUUUGCACAGAGCGUGUUUGUAGAGAGUCACAACAGAAGUUUCCCAUGGGUGGCUUUCUUCACAAACAGGCAUGUGAAAGCUGGAACUGAACUCACGUGGGAUUAUGGUUAUGAAGCUGGAAGCAUGCCAGAGACAGAGAUUUCCUGCCAGUGUGGAGUUCAGAUGUGCAGGAAAAAAACCUUAUAUCUUCCUGCUCUAGGUGCUUUCCUAAUGGCGAAGAUGGUGAGAAGAACGUGUGCGUUUUGUUCGGAAGGGGAGGCUGGCUCUAUAAUGUACAUUGCCGAAGAGCAGAACAUUGCAGCUCAUCAGGAUUGUUUGUUAUUUUCAUCAGGAUUUGUGGAAUCUGAAGAGUAUAACCAAGAUAAUCUGGACAUAAGGUUUGAUGUGGAAUCAGUACUGAACGAACUCAAGAGAGGAAAGCGUCUGGUGUGCAACUUCUGUCGCAAGAAAGGAGCCACUGUGGGAUGCGAGGAGAGAGCCUGUCGCAGAAGUUACCACUACUUCUGUGCGCUCUGCGAUGACGCAGCGAUAGAAACAGAUGAAGUAAACGGAGUCUACCGAGUGUUCUGCCCAAAACAUGACCCAGGCAAUAGGACCAAUCACUAUGGUGCAGCUAAUAAGAGGAAAAGACACGCACUGAAGUCUUCCACCCUCACGAAACAAAUGAGCACAGAAGAAACAGCAGAAGAAAACAGAUUACGAAUAUUAAAAAGGAAAAACAGCAGGCAUAAAGUCCGAAUAGACUUCCUCAGGAAAUGCAAGCAGGCCGGGCUGCUGGAUGACAUCUUUGAAGAAAUGCUGGACACGCUGCACUUGGCACAGGAAAAACUGAUGGAUGACAACACUUCGGAAACAGAGUAUGAAGAGACAGUAAUGUCACUCUUUGACUGUGGGCUGUUUGAAAAUAUACUGACAAAUAUUCGUUCAGGGACAGAAGAAAAAAUUCAGGAACUUCUGGAAAGCAGGAAAAGACUGGAUCACCAGAUUGAGCUACUGCAGGAUUUAAAAGAAGUCGUCCUUCCCCCCCAGGAGAAUGCUGCCAGUACAUCUAGUACAGUGUCUGAAUAACCCCCGGCUCUGUCUGUAACAGUGUCAAUAGUCAGAAUUUUCUAACAAUAGAAAACAUAGAGCACGUCAGGUCAGUGUGUCAGUGGUUUCUCCUUGCCCCCUCCCCCCCCUCCCCUGAAGUUAGGGACACAAGCAAAGACUGGGUGUUUCUACUCAUUUUUUUAUACCUCACUGUUGCAAUAACUUUUAAGUUGUCCCUUUCUUUAAAUUUCAUUGUGGAUAAAUGAGUGAUAUACACCAAAUUUGGCUCUUUUGAAGCUGAAGAGAACCCCUUCCCCCAGGACUUUUUUCCCUCAAAGACAAGGGUGCAUCAGCUGCCAGAGAAUACUCUUCAAAGUCACUUUACUUGCAGCGGCCCUCUUCUGUCUGUGGGAGGGGGCUGCAUCACCGUCUGCAUAUAGGCGGUGUUGGUUUAAGGACCACAGUGCUGCUUUGGCUUUCCAAAGAAGAUAAAUUAGCAGAACUUGCACUCAUAGAAGCCUUCUGAAUUAUAAACAGGAGUUUUUUUAAUUGAGCAUACAUUAAGCAGUUGAUGAAGAAUUAGAGCUGCUGUAAUGACAAAGGUAAAAUGGUGUCUGCAGGCAGGCCAGCAAGGGCUUGCUAUUGCUCUCCAAUCAAAAUGUAAACGGAUUUCAAUCAAAGGGACCGUCUCUUCCUUUCUCCAUUAAGGAAGGAUGCAACUUCUAGGUGUUUUGGCUGAAAAGCUACUAUGUUAAAAUUAUUUGAAUACAGAAAAGCAUUGUUUCGCUACAAAAGAGUAACUUAAUAAAACAUUUUUAAGAAA